AGAGGUCAGGUUAGAAACUUCAACAACGCUUUCUGCGUGCAAUGAGGCUGUAGGAAGUAGGUUAGAUUAUCUAUGUCUGAUUUUUAGAAUUAUUGUGAGAAAACAAUAUAGACAAUGGCAUCACUUUUGAAAACCAUUAGCAGUUUUCAAUUUUUUCAAAACUGUUUAAAACAAAGAAUUACUAUCGUACCUCUUUCUCACUUUGGAAUUAGUGUUCCAAAUCAAAAAAGAUAUAUACCAUCUAUUAGAACUAAAUAUCGUCCUCCAGAAUGGCUCCCUAAAGUACAACAUGUUAAAUAUGACGAAUAUUUAACAAAAGAGAAUAAGAGUUUUCUUGAGGAAGUAGUUCAAAAUGAAUAUGGUUUGUCUACUGGAUUUGGAACAAAAAUUUCUCCUCUAAAAAUAGAUCCAAUCGAGCCUGUUACUAAAUGGACAAGUAAGAUGAGACGCACUGGUUUAAUUGCAAAAAAAAUAGGAGUUUACCCAAUGUGGCUUAAAAAUGGGAAAAAAGUUUAUAGCACACUACUACAGAUUGUUGAUAAUGAAGUAGUAAAAUAUAUACCACCAGAAAAAUUUUAUCCAGUGAAAAGUCGUAAGCCACGUCCAAUACAAAUAAAAAGAAGACUUGGUUGUCUCGUAGUAGGAGCAGAAAAUAUAGAUCCGCAAUUGCUCACUAAAGAAUAUUAUGGUAUUUUCACUGAAGCCGGAGUUAUGCCAAAACGUAUUUUACGAAGGUUUAUGAUAACCCCGGAAGCAGCGCUACAACCGGGUACUCCUCUAUUUGCUGCACAUUUUAAACCAGGAGAAGUCGUCGACAUCUACGGAAAAACUAUAGAUCGUGGUUUCCAAGGUGUGAUGAAACGAUGGGGUUUUAAAGGAAUGCCCGCCACUCAUGGUGUAACCAAAACUCACAGAAGACCUGGAAAUAUCGGAUCAGGCGGUAAAAAAGCUCGAGUUAUGCCUGGCACUAAAAUGCCUGGACAUAUGGGUAAUAAAUGGCGAAUACUCAGAGGUGUUCAGAUUCUACGAAUAAAUACGAAAUAUAACGUGAUUUGGGUUAGGGGACAUAAUAUACCUGGAGAAAUCGGUACUUACUGUCACUUGUAUGAUACACAGCUUCCUUUGAGGCGACAUAAAACAGCGCCGAAUUUCCCUACUUAUUUACCAACUAUCAUGGAAGAAUCGCUUCCAGAAGAGAUGUACGCGGACGACGUACAUCGGUUUGAAGAUCCUACGAUAGAAUUUAAAGAAGAAUCUUAAUUCUAUACAUGUAUAUUUGUAUAAUAGUAAAUAAUAAAACUUUAUAUCAGAUAAGAUUUGUUUGUUUGCAUUA